UGCGAGUCUCUGUUUGUCGUUCUUCCUCCCAGGUUUCUCUGAUGAUCCAUUCUCCAUCUGUUGAUCUCAAGCUCUACUUACCCUUUCAAUCUGUUUCGAUCUUUCCUCAAGGCUCCUGUUUUUUUAUUGAAUAGAAGGAAAAAGCAUUGACAUGGGUAGAAAGGCCAUGUUGGUCUCAAAGCUCCUCAAGAAGCUGAGAUUGUCCGCCAUGGGUUUGGGCACUGCCAAUUCCCUGGUUCUCAUUCUUGGCACCUACUUUAUGGUCUUGUCUGUCCCUUCUUGUGAUCGCGGCCUCCGCGUAAUGCUUGUGGCUGUUUCUUUCUUGGCUGCUCUCCGAAUUGCCACCAUGGUCCGUACUGGUUUCGCCCAGGAAACAACUGCCAAGGCCAUUCUUGAGAAAUCUCCUCAUGAUUGCUCUGAUAUCGGAGAAGAUUCCUUUCGUCCCGAAACAAGGGUGAGGUACAAAAAAUGGCUUUGGUGGACUCGAUUUGCAGCUGUUAUUUUAGUUCUACAAUUUUUUGGUGCAUUUUAUCUGCUGUUUCAUAUGAUCGAGUACAUGAUCCACUCUCGAAGCAAGAUAUCAAGUUAUUGUCUUUUGGUUGCAACUUCAAGCAACAUCAUGUGGAAGCAACAACUACUCAUCUUUUUUCUAAUCACUGUGUGUUUGGCCGCACUGCUACAAUGUUUCACUGGAUUUGAUGUUUUAAAAUGGAGAUCCUUUUAUGCAACCCAAGAUGAUGCAUGGAAAGCUCAUUACAGGGAGAUUUUUGAUAAUGGUAUUCGCGAGGCCUUGUGCUGUAUGGGACGAGUCAAAUACUUAAGUGCAUUGGAAGAAGAUGAGGUUUUUUCAGUAGCUCGACUGCUAGGUGACUUAGUUGCUUAUCGUGCUGCAGGCAGAGGACAUCUAGAACUUAUGGCAGGUCUCGCACUUAUGAGGAACCAGAGCCAGUCACCAAAGUCCUGUGAUGAGUGCAUGGAGAUACCUGAAGAAAAGAUCAGGGAGGCUGCAGAUCUGCAUAAAUUUGCAGAAGCUGCCUACACGGGUCCAUUACUUGAUUUUGGAAGAAACCCUUUCGUAUUUCCUUGUGCGUGGCUUUAUAGGCAAGGGAUUUUGAUCCCAUGGACUCGUAACAGGCUACCCAAACUUGAUGGUGAUAAUUGGCUGCGAGGUCAUGCAGCAGCGUUUCUAAAAUAUGUUAAGUUAUCCCCAGCGGUACUUAGACAAGGGCGUGUUAACCAGGGUAAGUGUAAAGCUGCAUACUUUGUUAUAGUGCUGCAUCAUCUAAAAUUGGUGGUGAUUGCUGUUCGGGGAACUGAGACCCCAGAAGAUCUAAUUACUGACAGCUUAUGUCGGGAAUGUCGUCUGUCGACAGAAGACUUGGAUGGAUUGAUAAAGAGCACUCUUCUUCAUCGUGAUAUAAAAGACAGCCUGAUGUCUUUCCCUCACUAUGCACACUCUGGUAUAGUUGAGGCUGCAAGAGAUCUUUUCAUGCAAAUCGAAGGCUCUGACUCAAGUGGCCUUCUAUCUUCUUUAUUGGGAGAUGAAUGCGAGUGUGAGGGAUAUAGCAUUCGCAUUGUGGGACAUUCCCUAGGAGGUGCGAUUGGUGCAUUGCUAGGACUCAGACUAUGUCACCGAUAUCCAAAUUUGCAUGUCUAUACAUAUGGCCCCCUUCCAUGUGUGGACUCAGUUGUAGCCAAUGCAUGCUCUGAGUUUAUUACAAGCAUUGUAUACAACAAUGAGUUUUCAGCACGCCUUUCAGUUAGAUCUAUCCUGCGGCUUCGAGGUGCUGCAAUUACAGCAAUGUCACAAGAUUCAGAAGCCGAUUCGGCUACGAUAUUACGGCUUGCACGUCAUUUUCUUCAUGUAACCAAACAUCAGCAUGAUAGGAGUGAGGGAAAGGAUCGAGCUUCAGAUGCCUAUUGUGGGGCAAUCACUCCUGAAGAGCUUUGCCACCAAACCUGCAGAUCUCAGUUUGAUGCAGAAGCAUGCAAGGAACAUGAUCAGGGUUUCAUUUCCUUCCAAGAUGCUCCGUUCACCUGUGUAAAUUGUGGAACUGAUGACGAUCAAUUUACUAACCCUUUCGCCAAUGAUUCCAUUUCAAAUCAUGAUCCUGUGUCUGAGUUCAUGAAAAGUGUCCGCAGAUCUGAUAGUGUGUCACCAACCGAUCCACAUGAGUUAUAUCUGCCAGGCCUUGUGAUUCAUAUAGUACCACAACAUAGUAACUUAAAUUUGCCUAUUUGGAAAGGAUGGAGAGUCCAAGAGAGGACACAAAGCUUAUGUUGCAGACAGAGAAAGCUUCAAAGAUAUGAUUGUGUCACCAUCAAUGUUUCUCGACCAUCUUCCUUGGAGAUGUCACAGUGCAUGCUAAAUUUAUUGCAAGCUCAGAGCUCCCAGAUUCGAAGUACCGAAGUUCUUCCUAAUGAACCUCCAAAGGUGUGAUAUAUGUGAAGGCCUCCCAGAUUCCUUGUGCCCUUGGGAGUUCAUUUUCUUUGGCGGAGCUAUAUUUUGAGCACUGCUCUUCUGUUGCACGUGCCUCGUCACAAUUGUCUAUGUGAACUGGGAAAUUCGAAAUACAGCGUUUGAUAACUGAGGGCAGAGGCAGUUAGAAGAGUAUAUUUAUUCAUCAGAUAUUGUUAGGUGGGCUUCAUCAACAAAAUCUCAUGUAUUUGGCAGUUUUGUUAGAAGCCUGAAUGCACUGGAGCAAGAGAGAAGUGUGAUAUCUACUACAAGAACCAUGUAUUACAGAUUGAUGCCGCCAGAUUUAAAUCUCUUUUUUUUCUAUCAGAAAGUGAUCUGCUAGUAGUCCAGAUGGUGUCCGGCCGUCUGUGUAAUGUGAUUCCAGGAAUAUCUAUAAGUACUUGACAAUAUCAAAAGCUUUU